CCUUCCCAGCCCGGGCGCAGUGCUGCGGGCUUAGCCCACUUCCUCUGUCCUAUGUCUGAGCAUGGCUUCCCUACGCGACGCGCUCCCGAAGCUGAAGAACUACUUCAAGGACAACUACAUUCCCCAGGUCUGCGAGGCACUGUUAUGCGGUUUACUUGUUACAUUUCCGGAGGACCCGCUGAAAUAUUUAGAGGCAAUGAUCAUGAUGAUUAUGGAGCAUGGUCUUGAAAGACUUAUUUGGGAUAUGUGUGUUCAUCCAUCAAUGAAGCCAAAAAUUCGACGAUUGUCUGAAACUUACUUGGAGCAACUUUUUGGGCUGGAUGAUCAGUUGGUGACUCCAGAACUGAUGGUAAAAGCAUGUACCUUUUACACAGGAAAUUUAGUGAAGAACCAUUUUUACUCUUGGAAAGAACUAACCAUGCCUCGUGCAAAUGAAGAGGCUGUCAAGGCUGAAAAACUGGAAAAAGCAGUAACACAUGACAAGUUUCGAUGUAAAAGAUUUUAUCUUCUUCUCUGGCACAACUAUGUGCAACAAAACAAACAACGGCUCAAAUUUACACUAUUUCGGAUACAAAAGAUGUUCUGUGUCCACAGGCAAAAAAUUAUCCUGGCAAAAUGGAGGGAUAUAGCAAAGCAUAGGGGUAAAACAAGAGAAGAUGAUUUGAUGUCAAAACAUGAGCUUCAGUUAAAAAAAUGGAAAGUCAAGUUAAAAGUCAAGACAACAGAAGAAACAAUUACUCCUGAGAAAAGUUCGUCUGACAUAACUAUUGAAGAAGUGCCUAUUGAAUUUGACAUUUCAGAGUUACCUGAACGAGCAAUAGUACAGAUUUUCUUGUACCUGAGUUUAAGAGAUACAGUAACAUGUGGUCAGGUUAACCGCUCCUGGAUGUCGAUGAUACAGAGAGGCUCCCUGUGGAAUUCUAUUGAUUUUUCCACCGUGAAGAAUGUUUCAGAUAAAUGUGUGGUGUCAACCUUGCAGAAGUGGCGUCUAAAUGUGCUGCGACUGAAUUUCCGUGGUUGUGUUUUCCGUCCCAAAACACUAAAAGCUGUCGGCCACUGUAAAAACCUGCAGGAGUUGAAUGUCUCCGACUGCACAUCACUCACAGACGAAUCAAUGAGACUCAUUUCUGAGGGCUGCCCCGGGAUCUUGUAUCUCAAUCUGUCCAACACAACCAUCACCAACAGGACAAUGCGACUCCUGCCCAGGUGCUUCCAUAACUUGCAGAAUCUCAGUUUGGCUUACUGCCGCAGGUUCACCGACAAAGGUUUACAGUACCUGAACUUGGGGAAAGGAUGCCACAAGCUCAUCUAUCUGGACCUCUCCGGCUGCACCCAGAUCUCUGUCCAGGGCUUCAAGAACAUUGCAAACAGCUGCACUGGAAUUAUGCACCUGACCAUCAACGACAUGCCUACUCUGACGGACCGCUGUAUGAAAGUUUUGGUUGAGAAGUGCCCACGUAUUACAUCAGUGGUCUUCAUUGGCUCACCACAUAUCUCUGAUUGUACUUUCAAAGCUCUUUCUACUUGUAACCUCAGAAAGAUCCGAUUUGAAGGAAAUAAAAGAAUUACUGAUGCAUGCUUCAAAUGUAUCGACAAGAAUUAUCCAAAUAUCAACCACAUUUAUAUGGCAGACUGUAAGACAUUAACAGACGGUAGCCUCAAGUCACUUUCACCUUUGAAACAACUAACUGUAUUGAAUUUGGCAAACUGUGUAAGGAUUGGGGAUAGUGGACUAAAGCAGUUUCUUGAUGGACCUGUGAGCAUCAAGAUAAGAGAGCUCAACCUGAGUAACUGUGUGCUGCUGGGCGACACCUCCAUUAUAAAAAUGUCUGAGCGCUGCCCUAAUUUGCACUACUUGAGUUUACGAAACUGUGAACAUUUGACUGACCUAGGAUUUGAAUAUAUUGCAAACAUCCUUUCAUUGAUAUCAGUAGAUCUCUCAGGAACAGUAAUCACUAAUGAGGGCUUGACAGUACUUGCCAGACAUAGAAAACUGAGGGAACUUUCUCUAUCUGAGUGUUCUAGAAUCACUGACAAUGGAAUUCGGGCAUUCUGCAAAGCCUCGCUGUUCUUAGAACACUUGGAUGUCUCUUAUUGUCCCCAGUUGACAGAUGAGAUUUUGAAAGUAGUGGCCAUUUACUGCACCCACGUCACAUCGCUCAGCAUUGCAGGAUGUCCAAAGAUUACUGACGCAGGGAUGGAGAUCCUAUCGGCCAAAUGCCAUUACCUGCACAUUUUGGAUAUCUCUGGUUGUAUCCUGCUCACUGACCAAAUGCUUCAGGAUCUGGAAAUGGGCUGCAAACAACUCCGGAUCCUUAAGAUGCAAUACUGCAGGGGCAUCUCCGCGGUAGCGGCUCACAGAAUGUCAUCCCUCGUUGAGCAGCAGGAAUACAGCUCUGAUGACCCUCCACCGUGGUUUGGCUAUGACAGUGAUGGCAAUCCUCUUCUAGAGGAUGAGUCUGAAAUGCAAGUGAACGCCUCCAAGUCGACAAGCAGAGAGUCAAACGUCAAUGAUGAGAACAAUAAGGCCCCCAACCUCAAGCAGGAAAAACAACAAGUCUAGAGCUUAGCAGUGUCUCUUCAUCGGAUGCAAACGUUUUCCCUUGCUGGAUCUCAAUAACAAUGUAAACAAACAGCCAAUCUUCUGAUGUCUCUAAAUGUAUCAUUAGUUCUUUUGCCUAUUCAUGAUCCAUACCAAUAGUUUUGAUGAGAUUAUCAGAUUUCUAAGGUUGUAGUUAAAGGAAAGCACCACUGAGAGAGAGAAUUUUUUAAAUUCAUUUUUUAUUUUUCAAGGUAGGGUCUUGCUGUAAUCCAGGCUGACUUAGACUUCACUAUGCAGUCUCCAGGCAGGAAAAGGAGGCAGCAAUGGUCCUGACUUACAGUCAAAGCUUAAGCCAAGGUGAUGGGUAACUGUAAGGAUCUGUAAAGCGUUAUCAUCCACAACAUGAGUGAGAGAUGUGUUUUCAAGGGAACAAAAUGGUUCCUUGGGAUUUCCAGACAUUUGACAACAAAAGAAAGACAAUGUCAAUCCAAGCUUCAACAAAUUAAAGAGAAACAAGAACUGUCUAUGAACAGAAAGGUGUUCUUGGAAUGUCACACAUCAAGUUUAUAUUACAAAGGAAUUGUUAAAUUUUUGAGAGAGAAAGAGAUAGAGAGAGGGAGAAAGAAGGACAGAGAGAGAGAAUGGGCA